GUGGAUUUUCCUUAUGAAGAAAAGCAAGUUGGGUUCAUUAAAGGCUUCAGUCGGAGGUUUUGGCAAGGCAGCACGGAUCACAGAGGAGUGCCAGGCAAACCCGGUCGAGUUGUGACGCUGGUGGAAGAUCCAGAGGCUGUUGAAUCUUAAGCAGGGAGCUGUCAGUUGCACCCAGAGACCCAGAGAUUGUGUUAAAAUAGAUCCGACUUAAACUAUGAAGAACACAAUGAAAUUAAAUUACCAUUUUAUAGCUUUUUGUCCUUUCCUGUCUUGUUAAAAGAAAAGUCAAGUGUAUAAUAAAAAAGAAGACAAAAUAAAUGUUCAAAAUGUAAUUAUUUUGUUGUAAUGUCUCAUACUCACCGUGUUGAAAUAUUUGAGUGUCAUCAAAGUCAUUUUACUGACCUUAUAAAAAGACUCUGGUCAAAAUUACUGCUACUGUUCACUGCUUCUGUGGCACCUGAAUCACACCCUGAGCAGCUUUUGAAACUUUGUAUUUUUAACUCAGUUUUUAACUUCAUAUCAUGGGAUUUUAAUCAGCUAAGAAGUGCAACAUGUGCAGUUCAAAGGACACAAGUAAAGACUAUUGGAUUUUGUGAAAUAAGAUGUUUGUUUUUCCUGUAUUCAUGGAGACUAUACAAGAGGCUGAAGAUUUAAAGAGUUUAAAAAUUAAAUAUAGGCUGUAAGUGACAUUUAUACUCCACAAAUUGAAUAAUCUUUCAUUAUUCAAUAUUGCAAUACAUUUAUAGUACUGGGAGGUUGACAGUGGCUGUUUACUUGGACCAAAAAUCAGAUCAUAUUGAGAUUUGAUCAUGAAUUUUUGCCGGUCCAGUGGCAAUACUACCUGGAGUUUUGUUUAAUUUCAUUCACACAUGUUUGAGUAAUCUUUUAUUAUUAAUCUGUUUACAUCUCCAAAGUUCAAAAUGCUCUGUUCCACCUUGUGAUGUCAUGAAGCGGUAGUUUUCAAGUUAACAACUACAUUUUACCCUUAGUUCAGUGGAGAUUGGAACCUAAGCAUCCUGACAUAAUCCAUAUCUUAUUCCAUCUUGUACAUCUUGUAUUUUUAAAGAAUGACCUAAACUGACCUGCUGAAAAUCAGAGCUCAAACCCAGUGACGUAUCAACCUGCUUAACAACUUUGUGAGGAGUUUUUGUCACAACCAAUUUCAGAUUCAAGCCCGUGACCUUGACAGACCCUCUGCCUCCAGCCACUUAUUAUUUGGCUUGAAAAAUAUGAUUAAUCUUUUGCUUUUCUGAAUACCAAAAAUGUCUGUUCCAAAUCUCCCGAGAAUGUGCAUAAUCUGAACGUGGAACAAUGCUCUACGUGGCCAAGAAGAUGAAUUAUUUUGUAAGGAUUUUAGGCUUUUCGAGAAGUACACAUCCUAUUUUAGAAACUGAGAGCCUCAAUUUAAGAGAUGACAAAUACUGGAAUGUUCCACAGUAUGGCAUUAAACAUAUCUGUCUUGCUUUAUUUCUAUUACAAAUGUUUUUAUUGCUUUAAAAUACCUUGAAAAACAUUCUUACUGUGAGUGGGUUUGCUUCUCCACAGCUCUGACCUCUAACUUCAGCUGGUGUUUUUAUUCACAGAGAUAGAUUAUGUUUAAUGCCAUACCGUGGAACAUUCCAGGCAACAUCUCUAUGAAGACGAGCAGGUGGUGGACCAUUUAUUAUCUCUCAAAAGCCAGAAUAAACAUAAUAUAGGAACUUUAAAGGUGCGUGUAACUUUCCUGAUGGGAGGUCUGCCAUCUGCUCGUCUCUAUAAAUGUGGUUUUACCUGAAAUGUUCCACAGUUAUGGCAUUAAACUCAUUUAUCUGGCAUUUACUCAAUUACAUGGGAUUUUAUUGCCAAAAAGACAAAAAAGCCCCAGAAAAACAUACCUUCAUACUGUUUGUAGACUUGCCUUACCUGCAGAUCCGCCCUGUAACUUGACCUGGCGACGCCGAGCUGCUUUUCUCCAUGGAGAUACAUCUCUUUAAUGCUGUACUGUGGAACAUUCCUGGUUACAUCUCCAAGGAGACAAGCAGGUGGUGGAUGCUUCAGUGUCUUUCAAAAUAAUAAACAAAAAAACAGGAGCUUUAAAUGUGAACUGUGUAACUUUCCUGGUUGGAAUUCUGCCUCCUGCUUGCCUCUAUAAAUGUUGUGGUUUUACCUGAAAUGUUCCACAGUAUGGCAUUAAACUCAUUUAUCUGGCAUUUACUCAAUUACAUGGGAUUUUAUUGUUAAAAAAGCCCCAGAAAAACAUACCUUUAUACUGUUUGUGGACUUGCCUUACCGCAGAUCCGCCCUGUAACUUGACCUGGUGACGCCGAACUGCUUUUCUACAUGGAGAUAGAUCUGUUUAAUGCCAUACCGUGGAAUAUUCCAGGCAGGAUCUCCAUGGAGACAAGCAGGUGAUGGACGCUUCAGUGUCUUUCAAAAUAAUAAACAUAAUACAGGAGCUUUAAAUGUGCACUGUGGAGCUUUCCUGGUUGGAAUUCUGCCUCCUGCUUGUCUCUGUAGAUGUUAUUGUUUUACCUGAAAUGUUCCACGUUAUGGCAUUAAACUCCUAUUAUCUGGUAUUUACUCAAUUACAUGUGAUUUUAUUGUUUAAAAAAGCCCCAGAAAAACAUAACUUCUCACUAUUUGUGGACUUGCCUUACCACAGAUCCGCCUUGUAACUUGACCUGGCGACGCCGAGCUGCUUUUCUCCAUGGAGAUGCAUCGUUUAAUGCCAUACUGUGGAACAUUUCAGGCAGCAACUCCAUGGAGACAAGCGUGUGGUGAACCUUCUUUCACAAAGCACCUAUAAAAAACAGAAUAAAUGAUAAUAUAGGAACUUAAAGCUAAUAAAAUGAUCAAUUCUGAUUUAUUUAGAUAUGUUUUUUUUAUGUUUUAGUCAGUUUUAUAUAAAGCUUAAUACUCAAAUUCUUUUUCUCGACAUUACAAUUUGCUCGUGGCUUCAGCCUUUUCUUAGUGUUACAUUCUUUUAUUCAAGUCCCUCUGUUCAAAAUUAGACUCUCAUUGACAACAGCUCUGCUCCUCUCAGCAACAUCUCAAACAAACAAUCGCCCGCUGUCGCCCAUUGUGAAAAGGCUAAUGGCGUCUUUAGUGCUUUAUGAAAGACGGGACUUUAGAGAAGAGAGGAGGAGAAGAGACAAGGAGAGAAAAGGAGACGAAAGGAGGAAGAGAAAGAAGAAGGAGGAGGCGAAGCAAGAGGAAGGAGAAGAGGAGGUAAAGAUGAGGAGGAGAGAAGGGAAGAGGGGAGACGAGGAGAGACGAGGAGAAGAGACGAAAGGAGGAAAGGAGGAAGGGAGAGGAGAGGACGAAGGAGGAGGAGAAGGAGAAGAGGAUGACGAGGAAAAGGCGGUGGAGGAAGGAGAAGAGUUGGAGAGAAGGAAAGAGGGGAGACAAGGAGAGAAGAGGAGAAGAAAGGAGGACAAGCAAGAGAAAGUGGAGGAGGAGGAAGGAGAAGAGGAGGAGAGAAGAGAAGAGGGGAGACAAGGACAGAGGAGGAUGAGGAGAAAGGAGGAAAGAAGAAGAGAGGACGAAGGAGGAGGAGGAGAAAAGGAGAGGAUGAAGGAGAAGAGGAGAGAAGCGAAGAGGAGACGAGGAGAGAAAAGGAGAAGAAAGGAGGAAAAGAAAGCGGUGGAGGAGGAGGAGGAGAAGAGGAAGAGAGACGGGAAGAGGAGAGAAAGAGAGGAGGAGAAGAAAGGAGGAAGAGAAAGAGGCGGAGGAGGAGAAAAGGAGAUGAGAGACUGGAGGAGGGAGGAGAGGAGGAUGGCAAGGAGGAGGAGGAAAAGGAGGAAGGGGGACGAGAAGGGGAGGAAGGAGAAGAGCUGGAGAGAAGGGAAGAGGGGAGACAAGGAGAGAAGAGGAGAAGAAAGGAGGACGAGCAAGAGCAAGUGGAGGAGGAGGAAAAGAGGAGGAAGGAGAAGAGGAGGGGACAAGGAGAGAGGAGGAGAAGAGAUGAAAGGAGGAGAGGGAGGAGAAAAAGAGGAGAAGAGAUGGCGAGGAGGAGGCGAGCAGAGAAGAGAAGAAGAGAAAGAGGAGGUGGAGAAGGAGGAGAAAGAGAAGAGUAGGAGAGAAGGGAAGAGGGGAAACAAGGAGAGAGAAGAGACGAAAGGAGGAUGAGGAGGAAGGAGGAAAGAAGAGGAGACAAUGAAGGAGGAGGAGAAGAUGAUGACGGUGAGGAGAGGAGAAGGAGGAAGAGGAGGGGAGACAAGGCGAGAAAAGGAGAAGAAAGGAGGAUGAGGAAGAGAAAGAGGUGGAGGAGGAGAUGAGGAGAAAAGGAGAGGAGGGAGGAGAAGGCGGAAGAGGAGGGGGAGGAAGAAGAGGAAGGGAGAGAAGGAGAAAAGAGGAGAAGAAAGAAGGAUGAGGAAGAGAAAUGUGGAAGAGGACAGACAAAGAGAGAAGAGGAGUAGAAACGAGAACGAGCAAGAGUAAGCGAUGGAGGAGAAAGAGAAA